AUGAAUCAGAGACAUGUUGUUUCUAGCCAUGAAGUGGCUGUCUCUGGCAAUAAUUUAACACCUAAUUUGCCAAAUAUAUCCUUAUCUCAAAAUAACAGUGAUAUUAGUAUCUUCCAUUCUAGUAAUGUAAUCGAAGAAAAGCCAGCUCUCACUUUGGCCGAAGUGAUUAGAAAGUUAAAUACCGAAAAACUCAUCGAAUUUUUGCGUGGAGAAGAAGACUUGCAAUUCAACGAUGCUCAUUUCGAAAUUUUAUACAAACGGGAGAUCGCUAGUCAUGAUUUCCUCAAGAUGGACAAACAAGAUUUCAGAAAUUGUGGGUUAGAAGUAGGGCCUGUGAUAAGACUUGUGAACUUUGCCAAGAAAGUUAAAGAGAAAAAAUUAAGGGCUUUUUCAUCAUAUCACAGUCUGAGAGAAGUAUUAUUAAAAUAUAGCCUCGAUAGUGAUGGUAUUGAAUCCAUCUCACUAUUCACCCUCCCAACCUAUGAGAUUCAAGACAAUGAUAAGUAUUUUGUACAUUGCAUGGCUGAGAUUUUAUUCCGGUUAAGAGAUUACGGGUCAUUACUCGUAGAUAGUUUAGAAAGCAUGUGGAAUGAAUACGUCGUGACUUUAUUACAUUCUGCCCUCCAUAUUGUACGAGACAACAUGCAAAAGCAGUUUAGUAUGAGACCGUAA